AUGAACGAGGAGAUGACAAAAAGCGAGGAGCAGCAUCUUAGUUUGCAGAAAGCCUUGCAGCAGUGCGAGCUGGUGCAAAAUAUGAUAGACAUAAGCAUUUCUAGUUUGGAGGGUUUACGGACCAAAUGUGCCACAUCCAACGACUUGACACAGAAAGAGAUGAGAACGCUGGAGGGGAAGUUGGUGAAGUACUUCAGCCGCCAGCUGUCCUGUAAGUGCAAAGUGGCCUUAGAGGAGCGCAGUGCUGAGCUGGAGGACUUCCCUCGCCUCGGCCACUGGUUCCGCAUCGUCAACCUAAGGAAAGAGGUCACACAGGAGAUGAGCCCAGGUGAGGUGACCCUGGAGGGCCUGCUGGAGAUGACUGAGGAGCAGGUGUGUGAGCUGCUGCAAAAGUUCGGCGCCAACGACGAGGAGUGUGCCCGACUCAACGCCUCCCUCUCCUGCCUCAGAAAGGCCCACCAGCUCGGUAAGGGGAGCCAGGCAAAGCAGGACUGGUCAAUCCAGUGGCCCACCUCUGAAUCGGGCAAAGAAAACACUCCGGUGUGCCAGCCAGAGGCCAGUCAGUGGAUCCGGUUCCAGCUCUCCCAAAGCCCCAAAUUCCAGUCCAAGUACAACCAGCACAUGUGCCACAGCCCCCAGGCCCUGGCCCCCCCUUUGUACGUCGAUCGACUCACCGUUGAUAGCCCUGCCACAGGGCUCUUCCCGACCCUGGACUCCGGUCAUCGCUCCCUGCCCCCGUCACCCCGCCAGAGACAUUUUGGCCACACACCUCCUCGGACUCCCUUGGUGAUCAACACCAUGACCCCACCAGGCACUCCUCCCAUGCGGCGAAGGAACAAAGUGAAGGCCCCAGGAACACCACCUCCGCCUAGCCGCAAACUCAUUCAUCUGCUGCCGGGCUUCACUGCACUGCACCGCAGCAAAUCCCACGAGUUCCAGCUGGGGAAUCGUUUGGAUGACACGCAGACACCAAAAGCCAAGAAGAAGACCAAGCCCUUGAACCUUAAGAUCCAUAGCAGCGUGGGCAGCUGUGAGAAUCUGCCCACGCAGCGCUCACCCCUCCACAAUGAACGAUCUCUGCGAUCCUUCUUCUUCCCCUCCUUCAUCCCUUCCACGCCUCCUGUCCACGCUGAAACGCCCUCUGCAAACACUCUCUCAGUGCCUCGCUGGUCCCCACAGAUUCCUCGAAGAGAUCUGGGAAACUCAAUAAAACACAGGUUUUCCACAAAGUAUUGGAUGUCCCAGACAUGCAUAGUAUGUGGGAAGGGAAUGUUGUUUGGACUGAAAUGUAAAAACUGCAAGCUGAAGUGCCACAACAAAUGCACCAAAGAAGCCCCACCUUGCCAUUUACUGAUCAUACAGCGAGGCGGACGAGAAUCCUUUAAAGCUCGUCUGGUACGGACCGAAUCAGUGCCAUGUGACAUCAACAACCCGCUCAGGUACACAGACCUGCACAUCAGUCAGACGCUCCCCAAAACCAAUAAAAUCAACAAGGAUCACAUCCCGGUUCCGUACCAACCAGACUCCAGCAGUAAUCCCUCAUCCACCACCUCCUCCACUCCGUCCUCUCCAGCUCCUCCCCUGCCCAGCAGCGCCACGCCUCCGUCGCCACUACACCCCUCCCCGCAGUCAGCGCGGCAACAGAAACAGUUCAACUUGACAGCCUCCAGUUAUUUCAAAUACAAACAACAGUUCAUCUUCCCAGAUGUUGCUCCAGAGGCUCCUCCCAGCAGAGCACCACAGGUCAUCCUGCACCCUGUCCUGUCUGAACCAGGGAAUGAAGGCAACCCUUUACUUCAAAUCGAAGUUGAACCUACGUCAGAUAACGAGGAUGGCAACAACGAGGACUCCGGUGACGAGUUCGAGGAGAUGAACCUGUCGCUCCUGUCGGCGCGCAACUUCCCACGCAAGGCCAGCCAGACCAGCAUCUUCCUGCAGGAGUGGGACAUCCCGUUCGAGCAGCUGGAGAUCGGGGAGAUGAUCGGUAAGGGACGCUUCGGCAAGGUUUUCCAUGGACGCUGGCACGGCGAGGUCGCCAUCCGCUUGAUCGACAUCGAGCGGGACAACGAGGACCAGCUCAAGGCCUUCAAGCGCGAGGUGAUGGCGUACCGCAACACUCGCCACGAGAAUGUGGUGCUGUUUAUGGGGGCCUGCAUGAGCCCGCCACAUCUGGCCAUCAUCACCAGCUUGUGUAAAGGCAGGACACUUUAUUCGGUGGUGCGGGACGCCAAGGUUGUGCUGGAUGUUAACAAAACCCGACAGAUCGCACAAGAGAUGGUCAAGGGGAUGGGCUACCUCCACGCUAAGGGGAUUUUACACAAAGACAUGAAGUCCAAGAACGUGUUUUAUGAUAACGGCAAAGUCGUCAUCACUGAUUUUGGACUCUUCACCAUAUCUGGGGUUCUGCAAGCUGGCAGCCGGAGAGAAGACAAACUGAGGAUCCCCAAUGGCUGGCUGUGUCACCUGGCCCCAGAAAUCAUCCAGCAGCUCUCUCCGGAAACGGAGGAGGACAAACUUCCCUUCUCCAAACAGUCAGAUGUCUUUGCUUUUGGCACCAUCUGGUACGAGUUACACGCACGCGAGUGGCCUUACAAGAGUCAGCCAGCGGAGGUGAUCAUAUGGCAGAUUGGCAGCGGGAUGAAGCCCAACCUCGCCCAAACUGGCAUGGGAAAGGAGAUAUCAGACAUUCUGCUUCUCUGCUGGGCGCACAAGCAGGAAGAGCGGCCCAGCUUCUCCAAACUGGUAGAUUUACUGGAAAAGUUGCCAAAACGGAACCGCCGCCUUUCUCACCCAGGGCACUUCUGGAAGUCAGCUGAGUAUGUCAAAUGAGAUAGGGACACAAAACAGCAAACAAUCAGCAACUUUUAAAAAUCAUCCGCCAUAACUCUACAUAAAUAACCCACCUCCUUAAAGAAUGCACUGAAUCCAAAAGCCAGCCCAGUGAUGAAAACUGCCCAUGCUGUGUGUAUUUUCAUGGAAUGUUGGCAUGUGUGUGUACAGCCUAAGUUGACUGUCCAGCUUCUCAAAGCAGUCGGGACUCAUAUUUUCUUUGGUUUGAUUUAAACCAUACUGGAUAUCUUUCCUUUAUCUUCUUUGUCUUUUACUAUUGACUUGUUCCCUUCAUAAUAUUUGAUUUACUUCCUUGAUGUAUCUUGCUUGUAACUUUCAACUGAUCACAUCAUACUGGACUUAAAAGACACAUUUGAGAGCAAAUGUAGAUUUUUUUUCCCAUGUCUUUUUUUUUAUGUUUUGUUUUGAAUGAAUGUAACCGUUGUACAUCACACGUUGAAUAUUCUCAUAACAUUGUUUUGCCAUUCCUUAUGUCUGUCAACUGUGUAGACCAUGUUGUCAGUGUUACCUCAUUGUCUCAUGUGUGGAUGUCUGUAAAGGUCACACGUUUGUCUCAAAGCUCAAAGCUUUAUUUAUCUUAAAAUGUCCUCUUAUUUACACCGUACCAUUUGAAUGUGAAGAAGCCAGCGUCUCUGUUUGCGUGGAGCUGCGUUGGCACGGUUCAUUGAUGGGAGACUGUUCUCUGAUCAGCUUGUGGUUUGAAUAUUGCCUGUGAACAUAAGCGAGACGUUUGAACAAUAACAGCCUUUGGAAAAAAGAAGCCGCUGGUCAGACCAGGACUCCCUCACUUGACGCUGUUCUGUGAAAUCGCUGACACUUGAAAUGUAUCUCAUCAACUGUUGAACUAGAACUAAUUACCCUUCAGAAAUGCUAUCACUGAGCCCACCCAUCCCCCAUUUCCCAGAAGUAAAUGUAAAUUAUUCACUUUAAAUAGCUAUUGAUAGAUACAGAAUAUAAUAGUUACUGGUAAAAUCUAAAGCUUGCAACUGUAUAGUCAAUGCAGUGAUUUUAAGUUAAAUCAAUCGAUUCGUGAACUUUGUAGACCUUAAUCAGUGACAAACUACCUAAAACGACAUGUUAGCUCUCUGCGUAGUAUAUGAAACUCUUUUAUGAAUUAGUUUAAAAUGGAUUAAAGACCUGUUGCCAACGGGCCUGGGUCCGAGGACCAGAAUGAUUUGGAUCUGUACAGGAAAAAGAAGUUUUGAGAUUCCUAGUUCAGUAAUGAUGUGACUGUUAGACACACAAAGGGAGACCAAGUGACCUUUAAAAGGGCAAAAAAGUCAAAGUAAGCUUUGAGUUUGUUUUUGGCUUGUUCAAAUUUGUUGGGAGCGGCUUGAAAGCAGUGUUGUGGUCUCUUUGAAUUGGAGCCUUGAAAUUCAAAUCUUGCCUCAUCUUGAAUUUUUAUCCAAAAAUCCUUUUACUUAAGAUAAAAAUAUGCUUCGUGUUCAGUCUGUAUGAACCUUAAAAACAAAUGUUGUGUGAUUUGUUCAACAGACAAUGACCAUAUGUCACUUUCUGUCUGAUUGGAAUUUAUAGGCCACUUAUUGUGAUUCUUAUAUAUAUACAUACAUAUAUCAUUAAAGAUUGUAUUUAGACAAACCUAAAGAGUAAAUUCACUUCUUGGAUUAUAAAGUUAAAGGAACGAGUAGGUAUCUUAAUCUGGCUGAACUUUCCCUUUAACAUAUCAGAAAAGACAUAUCAGGAUGCUGAAAAACACCCCAGGCCAUUUUUCUACUUCAAACUGUAUAUCAUAAUAUAUUUUAAAUGUAUGUUUUAAAGAUAUAGCAAAUCUGAGUCAUGUCACCAUGAAUUGGAAGUUGUGGCAUCAUUCAUACUACUGUUUUUGAUUCUCUCUAGCCACGUCGAAUAGACAGAGACAAUCCAAUCAUGUUAAAUAGCCAUUUUCCACCUCAUUCUUUACACGUCUGCCCGUGUUGGAAAAUGCAUACGAACAAUCUGCUGCUGUUUUUUGGAGUCUGUCUGUCUACUUUGGAAUUGCUGGGAUUCAAAUAUUGUAAGUGGAUCAUUUAUAUUUGUACUGUUUACAACUUUCAAGUGCAUGAGAUGGACUAUCAAAGAUUGAUUCUUGUUAUGAAAAAAAAUAAUCCUUCAACACUAUAUAUAUAAAAAGUAUGUGAGCAUUUUUCUGAUGAAUUGUUGUCCAUUGAGCCGUUUGAUCUCAAUACCUAAUGAAGUUUUACAUCAGGCUUUGCAAAACUUUUCAAAAGCUUUGUUUGAGAUUGUUUCAGUAUGUUUAUAGAGUAUAUAAAGGAUUAGACUAGCAUUUAAAUAAAAAGAGGUACGACCUGUGCACAUGCUAGAGUUGACAACCUGACUGGACAACAAUCAAAGAUCUAACAUUAGUGCCAAGUGUACAUAACAGAUUGUAGACCUUGUUUUAUCGUCACUUGCCGUAAUACUAAUAUUCCUUGUGAAUUUUUUGACUUCUUUCUUUUGAAUGUACAAAUUGUGUUGUGUUUUUUGGUCGUUUUUGUUUUUUUGUUCAUUUGAAUUUCUUUUCCUCCAUUUUCCUUCAAAUUGCAUAAGCAUUGAUGCUGUGUCGUUUUUUUCCCUUGAUUCCGUCCUUGUAUUGUAGAUGAUAGCUCCAAAAAGCUUGUAUUUAAUGAUGCCUUAUGGUC